CUUGGCAAAAUACACAGUACUACACUACGUUUGCGUUGCAUAGYAGUAGUAUCAUGCGAGAGGCUUCUUUGCCACUACACAUACCCGUGCGCAGAUGGCAUCCAUGUCAUAAUCCUCGAGGUGGUCGAAAUCGGAACCACCGACGUGGACCUUGCUUCUCCCGGGGUUGGAUUCUUCCAGGAUUUCGUCGGGGAUUUCCAUGCUCAUCUCGCUGUUCGAAUCGUCGAUCACGACGUCMGUGAAUCCGAUUUUCUCGCACAGGGGCUUGAGGUCGUUCUUGGCUAUGAACAUCUUCAUGCACAGGGGCCACGAGAUCCCCGGCUCGAGGUUUUCCUCCUGGGUCGUUGUCGUGCAGACCGAUAUCCGACCGCCGGGCUUGAGGACGCGGUACAGCUCCCGGAAGGCCUUUUCCUUGUUGGGGGCCAGGCAGAACGCUCCGUUCGAGAUCACGACGUCGAUGGAAUUGCUCGGUAUCUUGUGCGACAUGUUUUCCAUGUCGGCCACCAUAAAGUGCGCGUUCAGGUUUUGCUCCCUUGCCCGUCGGAGCGCGUGCUUGGUUUCCUUUUCGCUAAUGUCGAUGCCGAUAACGAUUCCCUCCGGACCCGUCGCGUGGCACGCAAUCGUAGAAUCGAUCCCCAGGCCGCUUCCGACGUCCAGCACCGUGUCGCCUUUCUGGAUGUUUGCUUGGAGGUGCGGGUUUCCCACCCCCUGGAAGUUGUAGACGUCCGGGCCCGCGGCAUCGAAUUGUUCCUCGGUGUAUCCAAGGCUGUGCAUGAUCCAGGCAGCCUUCAGGCUGUUUCCUGGAAUGUUUGCCGUAUCCCCAACCUUGUCAUACGCGCUCUUUGUUUCCUCCUUCACGUCCCAUUCGGUCAAGAUCUCUUCCGGGAUUUCAUAAAAAUACAUAAAGUCGGCCGGAUUCGAGCCCUCCCGACCAAACCUCGAUUGGAGAAAGGCCGUUAUGUCGGUCUUCUCCUUGUGGUUGACACACUCCCCGUCCGCGUUCUUGUUGAUUUUGUUGUUGUUAUUGUUGAUGAUGUUGUUGUUGCAGUGACCGGAAUGGCGUUCGCAGACGUCCCUGUUGUGGUUUUCCCCGCCCAUGAGCGAGUCCGAGGUCGUGUUCUCGCUGAUCACCAGGCACGUAUCGGCGGCAAUCUCGGGAUUUUCUCUCAGGACCCUUUCGGGAACUCCGCAGUAGUGCAAGAGGUGACCGUUUCCGGCAAUCACCAGAAAUUUCUCGUUMGAUGCACCCGUUCCGUCUUCCUCCUUUUUGAUGAGCCCCGUCACCCGGUGGGCCAUUGCCUCGUCCUUCAGGACCUGCGCCUUGAAAAUGUUUCGAAACUGAUCCGACGGUUCGUUGCUGUUUGGAAGAGACCCCUCUUGCUCGCGCGUGCAGCCCCCACCGUUGCCGCCGUUGCUGUCGUUCUUGCCGUUGUUGUGAACGAUGCUAUCGUAGAUCGAUCUUCCGCUGAGCAAGGACUCGAACACGUUGUAGUGAAAGUCGGAGCUGUCGAGGUUGACGUUCUCCGGCAGCCACUCGGACGCGGCCUCCAGGGCCGGUUUCUCCCCGUCCUUCAUGAGCAUCCGGGCGUACUUUCGCGGCAAAAAGCCGGCGUGCAGGUGGACCCCCUGCCGCUUGGCGUCCUCCAGCAGAUCGCGGUAGGGCUCCAGGUGGUGGCCUUCCUCCCCCCGGGAAUGGUAUUCGUCCACGAGCUGCUCAAAGUCAAUGUCGUCGUUCAUGUACCGGUCCAGGAGUCCCUGGAGGUCGAAGCUAAAGUGUUCCAGAAUGACGUGGAGCUUGUCGGCCUGCUUGUUCAUUUCUGCCUGGAUUUCUCUCUGAAACGAAAUGAUCGGGGGCAUCGAAUGGAUCUCGCCCAAAAAGACGAGCUUGUGGCGCGCAAUGUCCUUGGAGGGAUGUUCGGAUAUUUUCCCAAARUUGGGGUGCUUCGGUUCCGCGGGCUCGGUGAGGCUGGAGAGGGGGUCCGGGAAGAUGCUGCCGGCACCCCGGGCUCCCACCAGGCGAUGCCAUAUGUGCUGCAUAAAGCUCUGCCGGCCGCARUUCGUCGCCAUGCUGCCACUUUGUSUUGUGUGUCGGUAUUGAUAGUUAUUGAAGAGACAAACGCCUACGGUCAGCUUGUGUUUCGGCUCGAACCGCGAAAAAUCAGGUAUCGUCGCGAUUGGUGGCUGCACAGACACCGUUGAAGAAAUGGGAAAUGGUGCGGCACCGAUAACGACAAAAAUGUUUUCUCGUUUGAGUUGUCCUCCGAGGGAGACACGAAAUUAUGAGGGUUCCUGCCGUCUACUGGUUCUCCACUAGAGCGUUACGGAACCGAUUCCGUUCGAUUCGAGUGUCGUGACUGGGCUUCCUUGCCGAACGAACGAACGAACGAAAGAAUGCGAUGAUGCGGUUUGUUUGUGAUGCCAGAAAAUCUGGUUCGACGGAGUUCUCGUGUCAAUCAACCCUUGGCGCGCCU